UAACGGUACACUACAAUAUUUAUGGAGCCGAUCCCCGCGUGUAACUGCGCCGCAUCUGCGUGUCCUCUUGUGAGGCAGACGUGAAUACAUGUGUUGGGAAACGGACGCGGUGAACGGCAUUUUGGGGCUGACGAAAACAAGCGGUCCACCAUUGUCUGCAUAGAAAUAAGAAUGGCCUGGAUGUGCAAGAGGAAGUCGCUGAUCGCCACCAGUCUGAUCGUGGUGGUGUCGCUCUUCGUGGUCGUGGUGAACUACUCAGAGAAGCCCUACUUUCUCCUGCAGCCAGUGUUCGGGCAGACGUUCAGCAGCCACUGGAUGUUUUCCAAGCAGCCGUACAAGGCCUUCAAGCCUCAUCUGGGCUAUGUUAGCAUUCCCAAACAGGAGCCUCUGAAGCUGCACUGUGAGCUCUGCAGCAUCGUGUCCAGCUCUGGACAGAUGUUGGGCCAGGCUGCUGGCCAGCAGAUCGACCGCUCUCCCUGCAUCUGGCGGAUGAACAACGCGCCCGCGCGGGGCUUCGAGCGCGACGUGGGCCAGCGGACCACGCUGAGAGUCGUCUCGCACACCAGCGUCCCGCUGCUGCUGCAGAAGCCCCACUACUUCUUCGGGCAGGGCAACGACACAGUCUACGUCGUGUGGGGGCCGCUCCGAAACAUGAGGAAGGACGGGAAGGGCAUCGUGUACAACAUGCUCCGACAGGCGGCGGAGAAUUACCCUCACGCGCGCAUUUACGUCACCACGGAGGACAGGAUGAACUACUGCGACAUGGUCUUCAAGAAGGAGACGGGAAAAGACCGGAUCCAGUCCGGCUCCUACCUCAGCACCGGCUGGUUCACACUUAUCCUCGCCAUGGACAUGUGCAAAGAGAUCCAUAUCUACGGCAUGAUAAAUGACACCUACUGCAAGACGGAGGGUUACAGAAAGGUUCCUUAUCACUACUACGAGGCGGGCAGCCGGGACGAAUGUGCAGAGUAUCUGCUCCAUGAGAGCGCCCCCUACGGCGGGCACCGCUUCAUCACAGAGAAGUCUGUGUUCGCCAAGUGGGCCAAAACUCACGCCAUCAAGUUCUUCAACCCACCGUGGCAGCUGUCAUGA